AUGGCGCUACUGGUAUUAUAACCGUUUCAGUAUAAUUUAUAUAGCUUUUGGAUGCUGCCAAUCAACUGCAUUUUCUUGAAAUUCAAAAUAAUCAAAAUACAUUUACAUUUACAUUUGUUAGUCACUAAGAAAUUUACUUUUGUAAACUAUAAUCUUUAUCGCGUUAUAAGUAUUGCAUUGUUUACAUCGUGUAUCGAAAAUUUGUAAAGAUAGAAAUUUGUAUACAACUCAUUUUUGUGAUAUCAUUUGUAUCAUUCCAUGGUGCACUACACGAAAAAAUAUUCACUUGAAUAGCAUUUGCUAAGUAUCAAUACUAACAAAAACAUUUUGUGUAUCGGUGAUGUAAGAUUUGAUGUAUGUACAUAGCUUUUAAACACUUUGGUAUCCCACAGUGAACAGUUGUUAUGUAUUAAAAAAGCGUUUGUUACUUGUCGUUGAUAGCACCAUUAUUACAAAUGAUACAAAUUCGGUGUCUAACUAACCUCUGUUCCAUUUAGAGUAAUGUCAUCUGUGUCCACUGAUGACUAUGUCUACUAAAUUUUGUUAUAAGAUAUUGAACACAGUCGUGCAAUCUGCUUGUCUGAUACAUUGUAUUAACGAAUAUGUAGGAAAUAUUGUAGUGUGUGCUGGUCCGUCCAUGGAACCAACAUUGUACAGUAACGAUGUAUUAAUCACAGAGCGUGUAUCUGUGAGACUACAAAAAUUGAAAAAAGGUGACAUAAUUAUCUCUAAGUGUCCCUCUAAUCCAAAACAACACAUAUGCAAGAGGGUUGUAGGGUUACCAGGAGAUAAAGUACGACAUGGAGUCAUAGUUCCAAACGGACACGUUUGGUUGGAAGGUGAUAAUAGGAAUAACUCUACCGAUUCUCGUGUGUAUGGACCUGUUCCACAGGGUUUAUUACAAGGACGUGCAUUGUGCAAAGUAUUACCAUUAAGAGAUAUUACUUAUUUAGCUUAAUAAAUAUAUUAUUUAUAUCAUUUAUAAUUUUAUUUACAAUUAACCUGGUCAGAUAUAUUAUUUUUGUGAUGCCCAUAGGUAAAGUAUGAUAAUAAAAAUCUGUUUCAAGAUAUAA